UUUUAUAAACAAAAAUCAGCUGUUCGAUUGAGAGUCUACUUCUGGCUGUUAUUCAUCAUAAAAUUAAUUGUAUUUUUAAAAACACUAACAAUGAGACUUCCAUUACAAGAUUAUUUCCGAUUGCGUAAAAUGAAAAGCACAGACCAGAAAUAUGUGUGCAUUAAUUGUGGGUGCCCAGUGCAGGAAUUAUACCGAAGAAUCAGCAGCACCGUACUGAAGAUAACCGACUGCGAAAAAUGCAACGCCCCGGCGGACAAGUACAUCGAGUUCGAAGUGCUCAUUAUCCUGAUCGAUCUGGUCCUGCUGAGCAAGUCCGCCUACCGACACAUCCUGUACAAUUCGAACUGUAAGAAUCUGUGGAAGAUUGGCAUCAUCCUGAUACUGCUGGAGGCUUACUGCCUGUGGACGGAGACGUUCAGCAAGUUUACCAAUGUGCGCUACCGCUCGGACCCGGCCGAUCCUUUCCUGGCCGAGAGGGGUUUCUACGUGUCGUCGUUGCACAUACUGAUAGGAACCAUCCUGCUCUACAUCUUCAUUUACCUAUUGACGCGGAUUCUUCUACAUCGAAAAACCAUUGGAUUGGACGCAGGAAAGAGCUAUCCCGUGGUACUGCUGCAGGGCACCAUCCUCGCCAGCAUUGCCAAAUUCUUCUUCAUUCCUAUCAUCAUCUGGAAGCAGCACACCACCGAUUCAGCAAUGGCCAUUCACAUCUCGCUGGUGGUGGCCUACUUUGUGAUCUCCCUCAUUCAGAUACACUCCGUAGUCAGUCAGUGCGCGUGGACAAAAUCGGCUGUCAUCGUACUUUUGGCAUUCAUCGUUAAAACUUACUUCCUAACCGAGAUUAGUUUAUUUCUAAAUGCAUUGAUGUAAAAAUUAAAGAUGCUAACAGCUACGAACAAA